AUGAGGCUGGUCCUCUUGUCUUUUUGCGAAGUCCUCCAGCUCACGUCCUCAUAUGCGUCCACACAAUCUACGCUCCCGCCGAUAGACUACCAACGUCAGAUCUACGAGCUAUGGAGCUGGUUACUCGCCAGUCUCCGAGAUCCCCGUACAGACGAAUAUAGCGACCCAGAGUCGCUCCAGGUGGCGCAACACAUGGCUAAGCAAAACCCUAUCAAGAUCUGGCUCGAGCUGGAAGCGCAUGUAUUGCGAAACAUGCUGGGAGGGGAACCUAGCGAAAUUUUGGAAGAGCAGGGGCCAUGGUACACGGUGGUCGACAGGGGAAGCAAGUGGCUUGUCGAAUGCGCCAUUCUUGGUCUCACCAACACGUCUAUCGCGCCUGAUGCGAGCCACGAUACGAUCCAGAGACUCAGCGCCGUUGCGACCUGCGGACUCAAGUACGGAUCAGCAGAGUCGAGUCCCCCAGGUGCUAUGCGUCACGGUAUCUUCGGCCCUGGAGGUGUGUUGUGGUCUGUGAUGGAAGCCUUCGCUCGCGAUCACCGAGGUAUUGAGGAAACUCUACGCAUCGUCCACGAUCAGGCUAUGAACAUUGCGAGUAUCUUUGUACACUCUCUCGAGCAUGCAGAUCAGCCGACCGAAGAGCUGCCAUCCUACAACUGGUAUGCACAUGGCUUAGCCGACGCUCGCCAUAAGUUCAUCUCACUCGUCCAAGACCGGGAUCCAUUCGGCCGUAUACCUCAAUAUGUUCGGAAUGAGUUGAAAGACGUACAUUUCGUGCGCCUCUGGGACGCCAUUUGGCAAAUCGCCGAACAACUGGCCAGCGCUUCCGAUUAUGAUCCAUUCUACCUUCCUGUUGAAUUGUUCGAGUGGAUCGCAGAUGAUGUGGACGAUCUGCUUCCUCAUCUUGGAUCUUGGGCUUCGAAGGAACAGAGAGUAGCAAUGGUUGCCAGAACCAUCUGGUGGCGUCCAACUACUAUGGACGGAAGGGCCAUGUUCAUACCAAGAAACGACUACGCCGAUCCUCUUCCACUGGCAACUAUUGACGUUGAAGAUAUAUCGCAUCGACAAGAUCUUCCCGACUCAGUCAAUGGCUGGGGUGAACGCUUCUAUGAGUUCGACGAAGAGGACCAGGAGGAAAUCGUGAUGAAUUUCGACGAAGCUGUCAGUCUAGAAGCUUACGGCCCUGUUCUCGACCCCAGCAAUGUAGCUGCAGUCGCGACUGUAAAGCCUGAGGAUCAACGCUGCACGAUAUGCUUGGAAGAUCAUAUCCACAGCCAUGGCGACGGACGAACUAUGAAACUCAACACAUGUGGACACAUGUUCCACUAUGAGUGCAUCUUCGAACUGCUCAACGGGACGUCGGCGAACAGCAACCUUUGCCCAGAGUGCCGCGGACAAUUCAGCGAGCAGCGUAGGAAGGUGCGCCCAGCUCAACCAGUGUUGGGGUCGGAGCAGUAG